AUGAGUUAUCAUUACAAAAAGGAUGGAAGUUUGGAUAUGCGAUAUAGCUCAUCUAGAGAUGCUGUUGCUUCUGGAUAUUCUAGUAGUUCUUAUUCUGGAUAUUCUGGAGGCUACUCCGGAUAUUCUGAUAGUUCUUCUAGAAAUUAUUCCAGUGGAUUUAAUAAUUCUUCUGAUCUUCAUUACAAAAAGGAUGGAAGUUUAGAUUUGCGAUUUUCAUCGUCCAAACAGGCUGUUUCCACCGUAACGCGUCCUUCUAGUGGAAUUCAUUUGAAAAAAGAUGGUACUCUUGACAUGCGUUAUAAUUCAUCAAAAGAAGUAGCAAAUAUUUCUAAUAAUGUUCAAAAAAUGAAUUUACAACCCAAAUUAUCUGAUAAAUUACAUUAUAAAACAGAUGGAAGUUUAGAUAUGGGAUAUAAAUCUUCUAAUGGAAUACCCGAACAUAUUCCCGUAACAAAAAUUGGAAUUCCUGAUAUGAGAACAAAAGAUGCUAGAGAAUGGGUUAAAAAUCAAGCUUGUACUAGUACAGGACAAUGUCCCUCUUGGAUACCUAGAACUAAAGAUGGUUCUAUUGAUAUAACAAAAGCUAUAACACAAGAAUAUUUAAAAUGGAACAAUAGAAUCACUGUUGAUUAUCAUCCAAAUCAACGUAUGGAAUAUUAUAAUAGAAAAUUAGAAAAUGAACUAUUUCGUGAUCUUGUUCGACGAGCUAGACAAGAAUAUGUUGAAACAACUCCUCAAUAUACUAUUUUACCUGAUUCACAAAAAAUACAAACUUAUCUUUCUUCUUCAACAAUGAAUUCUAAUAUACAGGAUAAUGAUAUAUCAAGUCAAAUUCCAAACACAAUUCCAAUGAUUGAUUAUAAACAAUUGAAAAUUAAGACAGAAGAUGAAAUAGGCCAUGGUUCGUUUGGUACUGUAUUUAAAGGAACAUUAAAUGGAAAAACUGUUGCAAUAAAAAAACUACAUUUACAACAAUUAACUCGCCAUGAAAAGAAUUCAUUUGUAAAAGAACUUAAAAUAAUGGCGUAUUUGGGUGAACAUCCUACUCUUGUUUGUUUGUAUGGAUAUACAACAGACCCACCAUGUAUAAUUAUGGAAUAUGUAGAACUUGGUAGUUUAUCACAUUUACUUCAUUAUAAUGAAAACCAAGAAAUAGAAGCAAAAAUGACUGAUGGUAGAAUAAAAAAGAAACUUACUAUUGAAAUUGUACUUGGAAUGAUACAACUUCAUACUGUCAACAUUGUUCAUGGGGAUUUGAAACCUCAAAAUGUUUUAGUAUCAAAAGAUUAUACUGCUAAACUAACAGAUUUUGGUUUAGCAACAUUGCGUGGUAAAACAUCAAGUUCUAUUGCUUCUACAGCUAUUCAAGAUGCUAAUACAGCUGUUUGUGGUACUGCUGCUUAUAUGGCACCAGAAUUAUUAAGUAGUUCAAAACCAUCAGAGCUUUCAAGUGAUGCUUUUUCCUUUGGUAUAAUGUUAAAUGAAGUUAUUCAAGAAGAAGAACCAUAUUCAGAUCAAUAUCGAAAUUUUCAUGGAAAAGGACCAUAUGCUGCAGUAUUGCAUGCUAAAUCAGGAAAUCGACCUAUAAUUAAUUCGAGAACCCCGGCAAAUUUAAGAAGUUUGAUAGAAAGAUGUUGGUCUGCUGAUCCUCGAAUGCGACCAUCUUUUCAACAAAUUUCUACUGAUCUACAAUCAUCCACGAUGGCCUUUCCUAACCCUUUUCAAUUGUAA